AUGUGUGACACCACCUGCUCUGUGGGCUGCAAGCCGACUUGCUGUGUGCCCAGUUCCUGCCAGCCGGCCUGCCCUGCUCUGUGUUGCCCUGCCCUGGGCUGCCGAAACCCCUGUGGUGCCCCCCAUGUGGCUCUGCUGUGCCGGCCAGCCUGCUGUGUGCCCACUCCCUGCCAGGAUAUUUGCUCUGUGCCCAGCCCCUGCCAGGCAUCCUGCUGCGUGCCUCUGAGCUGCAAGCCUGUACUGUAUGUCCCCGUGUGCUACAAGCGCAUCGUAUAUGGUCAAAGCAGUGGGCUCUCUGACCUCCCACGAAGAGGCCCCGACAUUGUCGUCUUCACACCUCCCAGACCCGACUAG